AACGUUUCUUGCCCGGCGUGUUUGAUAAUACGAACCGCGUGUUUGGUGCAAUUGAACGGAUCUCGGAGGAAUCUGAACAAAGUUUGGCUUGCAGCAGAGAAAUAAUAAAUCUAGCCUAAUCAUGGAAGUGGAUAUUCCGUCGCCAAUUAAGAAGGAGAAAAAAAAGAAGAAAAUAAAACAAGAACCUGAGGCGGAGAUUGAAAAUUUGGGCGAGAUUCAGAAGUCGGGCGAUUUCCAGUUGAAACCUUCGUCUGCCAUCGCUACUCUGGAUACGUCUAAAUGGCCAUUGUUGUUGAAGAACUUCGACCGCUUGAACGUGCGUACCAACCAUUACACGCCACUGCCGUUCGGAUCGUCCCCGUUGAACCGCAAGAUAAAUGACUAUGUAUCAGCCGGCUUCAUCAACUUGGACAAACCGUCCAACCCUAGCUCGCAUGAAGUGGUAGCUUGGAUCAAACGAAUACUGAAAGUAAACAAAACGGGCCAUUCGGGAACAUUAGAUCCGAAGGUGACGGGUUGUUUGAUCGUGUGCAUUAAUCGUGCCACUCGUUUGGUGAAGAGCCAACAGAGCGCCGGUAAAGAAUACGUGGCCGUGUUUAAGCUGCACUCCGCCGUGGAAAAGAUCGCUAAAGUGACCCAGGGGCUAGAGAAGCUGCGAGGUGCUCUGUUCCAGCGCCCUCCGUUGAUUUCGGCCGUCAAACGACAGUUGCGUGUGCGCACCGUGUACGAUUCUAAGCUGUUGGAUUACAAUGAUCAACGUAAUAUAGGCGUAUUUUGGGUAAGUUGCGAAGCUGGUUCAUACAUUCGAACGAUGUGCGUCCACCUGGGUCUUGUACUCGGUGUCGGCGGACAGAUGCUCGAACUUCGCCGCGUCCGUUCCGGCAUUCAGUCGGAAAAGGAUGGCAUGGUAACGAUGCACGAUGUGCUAGAUGCUCAGUAUCUGUACGAAAAUCACAAGGACGAGUCAAUGUUACGCCGUGUGAUAAAACCACUGGAGGGUUUGCUCGUUGGCCACAAACGCAUCAUCAUGAAGGACAGCUCGGUGAAUGCGGUGUGCUAUGGGGCGAAAAUUUUACUACCCGGCGUACUGCGCUACGAGGACGGGAUCGAGAUCGAUCAAGAAAUUGCGAUCGUGACUACCAAGGGCGAGGCAAUUGCUUUGGGCAUUGCUCUAAUGACAACGGCCACAAUGGCUGGAUGUGAUCAUGGAGUCGUUGCAAAAAUUAAACGCGUCAUAAUGGAACGCGACACGUACCCACGCAAAUGGGGCCUUGGACCGAAGGCUUCGAUGAAGAAGCAGUUGAUAGCCUCGGGAAAGCUGGAUAAAUACGGCAAACCGAACGAAAACACACCGAAAGAUUGGCUUAACAGCUACACCGACUUCAACCAGUCUGCUAAGCAAACGAAUGGGAAUGGAACAUCCGCAGGGGAGGAUGGUGGCAAGCGCAAACUUAGCAUUGGUGAUACCAACAUGGAAUCGGUGAUUGACGAUGGAGAAGAGAAGAAAAAGAAAAAGAAGAAACACAAGAAGGAUGCUGAGGAUGCCGCAGAAGGGGAAGGCGAAGAGGAACAGCCAAUGCACCAGACGGCAGGUGAGGAAGAUGUAAAGGAGAAAAAGAAAAAGAAAAAGAAAGAUAAGAGUAUGUCAAUGGAAGCAGCAUCCGUGUAAGGAAUGGUCGGAUUCUAUUUCGCUAGAUGUAUCGAUAGACAGCAUUUUGCAUCGAUGGAAUUGGUUGGUAAUUCAUUUUAUUCAAAGAAAUCCUUUGUAUUUGUUUGACACGAGUUUUGAUCCGUUUGUUCCAUUUUCCAUCCACUAGAAGCAAACACAGAUGUUAGAUUUUAAAUGAUCCAAAAGAACUACCAUUUUAUGAAAAUUUCACGAACUCAUUUGUUUGUGGACAUUGUAUAACAGUAAUUACCUGUUCUGGUAUCAACCGCAGAAGAAGGCAAGAAAGAGUUCAAGAAUUCAGCAUUGCACUUCAUCCUUUUUCAUUUUGCAUUUAUGCAACUAACAGACAGAAUGGAAGAGGCAUAUAUUCUUAGUGAAGGAAUAUGUGUUUGGUGUUGUUUUUAGAAUUCUUUCACAUACAUACUGCAACUAUGUUAAUCAAGAAUUAAUACUUUAAGCCUAAGAAAUACAAAAAUGAAAUCAAAGAGAAGAAUCCUUUGAACUUUAGUGAGUAAGAUGUACUGCAGCUGGAAAUUGAGAAACGUGAAAGUGAUAGCUAAUGUAAUCGAAAGUACAUCGGGAACUAUCAACGUGCAAUUUGAACAGAAUGAUCACCCAGAAGCAGUUGCAGUUCUUGGUGGUUCUAUUGUGUACAGUAUGCUGGGGCAGUCGAGUAAUCUUUUUUAAUCCAUCCAAAAACGAAACAAUCAAUUAAGUUAACUCAAGCAAACAAUAGAUUUUUCAGGAACAGACGGAAUAUACCAAGCAACUGAAAUAUUCUCAACAAAAAAAUCAUACUGCAGUGUACCGCAUUUAUGAAGGCAUCCAAAUUUGUUACAAUUGAGUGGAGCUCUAGUAAUAAAAAGGCGAGCACAUUGUUCACGUGGUGUGUGAAGAUAAAAUUAGCGCCAACAUGAAGUUGGAGAAGACGGAUACAAACUGUAGUGUCACGCCCCAGCAUACAGUGUAUGAAAAAAUCAUCUUAUUGGAAAAACG